AACAACAGACCAGACCUAUCUAACUCACGCAGCGCAGUCAGCUAGCAGACAGACACUGAACAACAGACCAGACAUAUCUAACACACACAGCGCAGUCAGCUAGCAGGCAGACACUGAACAACAGACCAGACCUAUCUAACACACACAGCGCAGUCAGCUAGCAGGCAGACACUGAACAACAGACCAGACCUAUCUAACACACACAGCGCAGUCAGCUAGCAGACAGACACUGAACAACAGACUAGACCUACCUAACUCACGCAGCGCAGUCAGCUAGCAGACAGACACUGAACAACAGACCAGACCUACCUAACUCACGCAGCGCAGUCAGCUAGCAGACAGACACUGAACAACAGACCAGACAUAUAACACACACAGCGCAGUCAGUUAGCAGACAGACACUGAACAACAGACCAGACAUAUAACACACACAGCGCAGUCAGUUAGCAGACAGACACUGAACAACAGACCAGACAUAUCUAACACACACAGCGCAGUCAGCUAGCAGACAGACACAUUAGGACUGAACAACAGACCAGACCCAUCUAACUAAUGCCGCGCAUCGCUGUCAGCUAGCAUGGCAGGGACAGAGACUAAGCCUGAUAAUACCAGACAUUCAGGGGAUACUACGACCUGAACAACAGACACACUUCUUCUCAGGAGAAACUACAGCCUGAACAACAGACAGGCACUUCUUCUAAACCACACAUGGGACUGUAAAUACUUGAUCCGGUCCAGACGAAACAGAACUGAAUCAGAAUGAAGCUCAUCAAGCACAUUCCACUGCUACAGAUCCUGUUCCUUUCACGGAUUGUGGCGAGUGUCGGACUGCAGAGAGCUCCUCGCAUCACAACCCUGCUGGAGACCUUGGACAUCCUGUUGGAUCACAACGCCACGUUCAUCUGUGAAGUUGACUCCCGACCAUCAGCUGAUGUCACGUGGACACGGAACAACCAACCAAUCCCAUACUAUGACUCCCGCUACACGAUCAAGGAGAAUGGCCAGAUGCUAUUGAUCCCCAACGUCAAAGAGUCGGAUAACGGGGAGUACUGCUGUGUUGCUAACAACGGCAUCGGAGAGCCGGCCAAGAGCUGUGGAGCCCUGCAGCUUAAAAUGAAGCCUCAGAUAAAAAGACACCCCACCAACAUGACGCUACUGAUUGAGUCCAAGGCCGUGUUGCCCUGUGUGACACUAGGAAACCCCAAACCAGACAUCUCCUGGAUCAAAGAUGAUGCUCUUAUGACGGUGAGUGAUCGGAUCACGAUUCUGGAUUAUGGCACUCUGAAGAUCCAUAACAUCAAGAAGGAAGACGCGGGGCAGUACCGGUGUGUGGCCAAGAACAGCUUCGGGAUCGCCUUCUCCAAACCAGUCACCAUAGAAGUACAGGCCCCAGCCCGGAUCCUCAGGGUCCCUAAGGAUAAGAGAGUGACCUUCGGUAGCGAGGUCUCUCUGGAGUGUAACGCCACUGGAAACCCUAUCCCCGCCAUCACAUGGUUGGAGAACGGGAAUACCGUUCCGGGUGGCUCUGUGGAGGAGACGUUAGCAGGAGAGGUGAUUCUGUCUGUGCUACACAUCACGGUGACUAAACCUGCUCGCUACACAUGUCUAGCCUCCAACAGACACAGCGCUGGGGCCAAGUCCGCCAAAUCUUCAGCCGGAGUCACUGUCCAAGAGUGGAGGCUGUAUAAAGGCAGUGGGGGUUAUUGUGGUGCGUACCGUGGUAAUGUGUGUCGGGACAUGUUAAGGAGCGAUGCCCUGGUCUUCUUUAACUCCUCCCUCAACGACCCCGAGGACACACAGGAGUUCAUGGUUCAGAGCGCCUGGGCUGAUCUCGACAGACUGGGCAUGCUCUGUAGCCCUGCCGCCCACUCCCUGCUCUGUCAUCUCUCCUUCCAGGACUGCAUCCCUUCUGGCCUGGGACCUGUUCCUAAACCAAUCUGCAGGGAGCACUGUCUGGCAGUGAAGGAGCUCUACUGUCGUAAGGAGUGGCCCCUGAUGGUAGGGAACUCCCAUAAAGGCCAGUACUCCUCUGGCUCCUCCGGCCUCUCUAUCCCCAUGCCUGACUGUAUGGCUCUGCCCUCACAACACACAACACCAGGAGCCUGCACACCCAUCCCCUUUGUCGAUAUAAAGAAAGAUCAAGUCACAACAACGUGUUACAAUGACAAAGGAAGGUUCUACCAAGGACCAGUCAACAUCACCGGCUCUGGUAUCCCCUGUCAGAAGUGGAGCCAACAGGGUCCCCACCUGCACCGUCUCAGUGUGGAUGUAUUAUCAGAGCUGAGGAACGCACAGAGCUCGUGCCGGAACCCAGGAGGAGAAAAUGAGAAGCCCUGGUGUUAUACAACCAACCCCAACAUCCGCUGGGAAUACUGCAACAUUCCCAAAUGUGGAGAAGUGGUAGUGAAGACGGAGUCAUCGUUCCCUCGCCAGAAUCCUCCCCUCCUCCCUCCCUCCGUCUCUCCGGCCUACUCUAUGAUCAUCAUCAUCUGUCUACUAGCAGCCUUCGCAGCCAUAGCGUUCCUCAUCAUCAUCAUGUGCAAGAGGAGGAGGAAGACAUGGAAGAACCACAAGACAGCCAUGGAGACCCCCACCCUGACUGCCUUACCCUCUGAGAGUCUGCUGCUGGAUCGCCUCCACCCCAACCCCAUGUACCAGCGCCUGCCCCUACUGCUUAACUCGAAGCUGCUGGCUCUAGAGUAUCCCAGGAACAACAUUGAGUAUGUCAGGGACAUCGGAGAGGGGGCCUUCGGAAGGGUCUUCCAGGCCAGAGCCCCAGGUCUCCAGCCCAUUAAGCCCUUCACCAUGGUAGCAGUGAAGAUGCUGAAGGAAGAAGCAUCUGCUGACAUGCAGAACGACUUUCAGAGAGAAGCCGCUCUCAUGGCUGAGUUUGACCACCCCAACAUCGUCAGGCUGCUAGGUGUGUGUGCGGUGGGGAAGCCCAUGUGUCUGAUGUUUGAGUACAUGUCUUACGGAGACCUGAACGAGUACCUGCGCCGCCGUAGUCCCACCCAGCAACACAGCCUGAGCCAGGCCAGCCUAUCAGGACGCAGCUUCUCCUCCGAACUGGAGUUGGGGCCACUGUGCUGCGAAGAACAGCUGUUCAUAUCCAAGCAGGUUGCGGCGGGCAUGGCAUACCUAUCGGAACGGAAGUUCGUCCACCGCGACCUGGCAACCCGGAACUGCCUCGUAGGAGAGGAGAUGGUGGUUAAGAUCGCCGACUUCGGUUUAUCCAGAAACAUCUACUCUGCUGACUACUACAAGGCUAAUGAGAACGAUGCUAUCCCCAUCCGCUGGAUGCCCCCGGAGUCCAUCUUCUACAACCGUUACACCACGGAGUCGGACGUGUGGGCCUACGGGGUCCUUCUCUGGGAGAUCUUCUCCCACGGCAUGCAGCCGUACUACGGCAUGGCCCAUGAAGAGGUCAUCUACUACGUUAGAGACGGCCACAUCUUGGCCUGUCCUGAGAACUGUCCUGUAGAACUGUUCAAUCUGAUGAGACUGUGUUGGAGCGGACACCCCACAGACAGACCCAGCUUCAGUAGUAUCCAUCGUAUCCUGGAACGGAUUCACGAGCAGACGCUGAGACCGGCCAUGCCGACGCCAGAGUUAAGGCCCACUCUAUCCACCCUGCCAACCUUGCCUGCCUUGCCUAACCUAUCUCCCUUUUCCCCCCACCCUGCCCUGUGCCCUGUGCCCGGGGCCGUAGCCAAUUGAUUGAUACGGCAGGCUGCCAGGCAUUUACUCAAAUGUACAGUCAUUAGUGAUUUUAAUAGAUCCUGUCCCUCCCCAGAGCAAAAAUCUCUGGAUCCUGUGUCGUCUCAGACUCAAAUAAUGUUGGUCAGGACAGGGGGCAUCAUUGUUCAUAUCCAUUGUUCAUAUCCAUGGUGAAGAAGACCAGCGAUAGUAGAAAUGAAUGUUGUUGGUCAGGACAGGGGCAGCAGACUGAUGAAAUGACAUGAACUCAGUAUAGUGCCAAGACAACUGGAUAUUUAGGAGAGGCUGACAUCGGAGAGGAAGUCGUGAUUACGAGCUGUUAAUCCUCCACUGCCUUCUGACAUCUCCUUCACGGGUUCACUUCUGUUUCAAACUGAUUCACUGCUUCAAACUGGUUCACUUCUGUUUCAAACUGACUCACUGCUUCAAACGGGUUCACUUCUGUUUCAAACUGACUCACUGCUUCAAACUGGUUCACUUCUGUUUCAAACUGACUCACUGCUUCAAACUGGUUCACUUCUGUUUCAAACUGACUCACUGCUUCAAACUGGUUCACUUCUGUUUCAAACUGACUCACUGGUUCAAACGGGUUCACUUCUGUUUCAAACUGACUCACUGCUUCAAACGGGUUCACUUCUGUUUCAAACUGACUCACUGCUUCAAACGGGUUCACUUCUGUUUCAAACUGAUUCACUGCUUCAAACUGGUUCACUUCUGUUUCAAACUGACUCACUGCUUCAAACGGGUUCACUUCUGUUUCAAACUGACUCACUGCUUCAAACUGGUUCACUUCUGUUUCAAACUGACUCACUGCUUCAAACGGGUUCACUUCUGUUUCAAACUGAUUCACUGCUUCAAACUGGUUCACUUCUGUUUCAAACUGACUCACUGCUUCAAACUGGUUCACUUCUGUUCCAAACUAAUUCACUGCUUCACCUGUCCCAUGCAUGGAAACAAUAUUUUAGAAACAAUCACCCGAUAAAGUCCAAGAAACAGAGCUGCAGCUGAACAGAGACCGUGUUAUUAAUCCACAUGUAACUCAUUGCCCAUACUCUAUAUAAACGUGAAUGUUUCUACUGUGAAGUAAGCCAUGGGAAUAUGCAUCCAUUCAGCUGCCACAUCUGUGAGCUCAAAGCUGACUAGAAGGGUAUCAUUAGAGGCGGAUGACAGAGGUUAGAGAGCUAAUGUACAGAUAGUACAGUCAAUUCAUUCAGUACUUAACUAGUAGAGUCAAUUCAUUCAGUACUUAACUAGUACAGCCAAUUCAUUCAGUACUUAACUAGUACAGUCAAUUCAUUCAGUACUUAACUAGUACAGUCAAUUCAUUCAGUACUUAACUAGUACAGUCAAUUCAUUCAGUACUUAACUAAUACAGCCAAUUCAUUCAGUACUUAACUAGUAGAGUCAAUUCAUUCAGUACUUAACUAAUACAGUCAAUUCAUUCAGUACUUAACUAAUACAGCCAAUUCAUUCAGUACUUAACUAGUACAGUCAAUUCAUUCAGUACAUAACUAAUACAGUCAAUUCAUUCAGUACUUAACUAGUACAGCCAAUUCAUUCAGUACUUAACUAGUAGAGUCAAUUCAUUCAGUACAUAACUAGUACAUCAUUUAAACUUACUGACAAUAUGCCAUCAAAUAGGCUCAGCAUAUUCCAGCAGCGAUAUUUAUAUAUAUAUAUGUACUGUAGGUUUAGCUUAUUUUUAGACAAAUAGCUAUUCCACUUUUGGGCAUUCUCAUUAUGUUGUACUAUUGGUCCUUUUUUAAUCUUGUAUACUUUAUCGACACAUUUAGAUGAUUCUUAUAGACUUGAGCACAGCUUUUUGUGUUGACUGGGUAGUGGUCCCUCUAGGUUCACAACGGUCAGUUUGAAAUGCAUUGCAACAAAUGUCUUCUAAUAAGCUGUUUGAAUUCUUAUGUGAAUUUCUGGAGAUUUGUUGGGUGUUGUGUUGGUUGUGGUGUUGAGUUGGAUAUUGGUUUGUGAAGAGUGUCAAUUAUUAUUUUAAGUUCAAUUAAACGUGUGUGAUCAUCAGCACAACAUUGAUUUAUAUAUAUGAUCAAUUAACUAAAAUGUUUUAAACCCCUUGUGACCUUUUUAAAAUGUGUGGUUCGAUACAGAUGGUUUCAAUAGAACCGUUUUUGCUCAUCUCACAUAAACAAUGAUCCAUACGCCCAUGUAGUGUAGACACAUCAACCCUUUACUAGCAGUAUAAAGAACCCUUAUUUCUGAAACUGUGUGUCCCAAAUGGCACGUUAUUCCCUACGUAGUGCACUGAAUAGGGGAUGAGGUGUAAUUUGAUUCCCUACAUAGGGCACUGAAUAGGGGAUGAGGUGUAAUUUGAUUCCCUACAUAGGGCACUGAAUAGGGAAUGGGGUAUAAUUUGAUUCCCUACAUAGUGCACUGAAUAGGGGAUGAGGUGUAAUUUGAUUCCCUACAUAGUGCACUGAAUAGGGAAUGGGGUAUAAUUUGAUUCCCUACAUAGUGCACUGAAUAGGGGAUGAGGUGUAAUUUGAUUUCCUACAUAGUGCACUGAAUAGGGGAUGAGGUGUAAUUUGAUUCCCUACAUAGUGCACUGAAUAGGGGAUGAGGUGUAAUUUGAUUCCCUACAUAGGGCACUGAAUAGGGAAUGGGGUGUAAUUUGAUUCCCUACAUAGUGCACUGAAUAGGGAAUGGGGUAUAAUUUGAUUCCCUACAUAGUGCACUGAAUAGGGGAUGAGGUGUAAUUUGAUUUCCUACAUAGUGCACUGAAUAGGGGAUGAGGUGUAAUUUGAUUCCCUACAUAGUGCACUGAAUAGGGGAUGAGGUGUAAUUUGAUUCCCUACAUAGUGCACUGAAUAGGGGAUGAGGUGUAAUUUGAUUCCCUAGUAAAUCAUAAUUGUUGUAUCGGUCAACAUGUAUGUUACAGAUCUUGUAUGAUAGAUGGCACUGUUUCACCACAAUUACCCUCAGUUCAAUAAACCUUUGGUCCAUAAAGAAA